AAAGCCUUUCGUGUUCUUCUCUGAGAUACUCUAAUGACUCUGACGAAAAGAAUGUCUAAGAAGAUGUUCGAUUACCGGCUACUUAGCCGCACCGCCAAAUCGCCCAUCUUCUCCACCAUCUCGUUCGUUGCCAUAUUCUUUCUCAUCUACGCCGACAGCAUCGUCUCUAAUCUUUCCGGAAACCAUAAUGAAAUUCUUGACGCGCAUCAGACUCAGAAAAGCGAAGCGCCAUUAAUGGCGUCGUCGACUCUUCCUACCACUGCGCCAAUUCUUCCCACACAGGAAAAGGUUGAUGGGGAAGAGGAUUCCGAGACUCAGGAUCCUCUUAUUCCGCCAGACAACAUCUCAAGAGAAGAAAGGCUGAAUUGGUUCCGGAGAAAAUUGCCGGAACUUCAGAUACUCAAGUCAAACGACUUGUCGCAGAAGUUCCAUGGACGAGUUCUGGAGUUCUUCAACCGUGGCUGCAGCGUUCAGUUCUACAUGACAUGGUUCUCGACGGCAAAGUCGUUCGGCAAACGAGAACUCUUGGCCGUUGAUACCCUUUUCAAAGUCCACCCUGAAGGCUGCUUGAUGAUCGUAUCAGACACCAUGGACACCAAGCGCGGAUACAAUAUCUUAAAACCAUUAUUGGAUCGCGAGUUCAAAAUCCUUGCAAUCACACCGGACGUUCCCUUUCUGGUGAAGAACACACCGGCGGAAGGUUGGCUGGAAGAGCUGAAGAGCGGGAGGAAGGACCCCGGAUAUAUUCCAUUGUUCAACAAUCUCUCCAAUCUCGUCAGGCUCGCCAUGUUAUACAAGUACGGAGGCGUAUAUUUGGACACGGAUUUCAUAAUCCUGAAAGAUUUCUCCGGGCUGAGAAACGCAGUCGGAGCACAAAGUGUGGAUUCGUCGACGAGAGCCUGGACGAGACUCAACGGCGCAGUCAUGAUCUUCGACAUAAACCACCCAAUUCUGUUAGAUUUCUUGCUUGAAUUUGCCACGACUUUCAACGGAAAUAGAUGGGGUUUCAACGGGCCGUACUUGGUUUCGAGGGUUAUCUCGAGAGUGGGAAAUACGCCGGGAUACAACAUAACGGUGCUGCCGCCCAAGUCGUUCUAUGCGGUGGAUUGGAACAGGAUAAGCAAGCUGUUUAGGAAGCCGCACACCAUGGCGGAGGCGCAGUGGGUGGAUGACGUGGUGGCCAAUCUGUACAAUGGGGGGACUUACGCUUUACACUUGUGGAACAAGCGGAGUAAAGAGCAGAAAAUCGAAGAAGGAAGCGUCAUGGCGAGAUUGAUCUUGGAUCACUGUGUCAUCUGCGACGACAUUUAUGAUUCUUAAGGAAAAAAUGGACGGCCAAGAAAAGUUAUAGAAUCCUAUUGUUUAAGCAUGUGUUCUUCUAGUUUUUUUGGCUUGAAUAAUUAUUAGCUCUAAUUGCAGGGCUAUGGAGUUCUAUUGCUUUCCUAGGAUAAAUGCAAUAUUCAUUGGUUGUA